GUGACUGCUUCUGUGUUCUCGCAGCCAAACCUUUGUUUUCAAGGUUCCAUCAACUUCCGAGCCAUGUCUAUCAAGGUCGCCUUCAUCCUCAUGGCAGCCCUUUCUGGCUACGCCCUCGCAGACAUCUCUCCCUACGGCCCCCCCGUGCAUCACCAUGCUCCGGUCGUCCAUCACGCACCAACCCCUUACGACUACGGGUAUGGUGUGUCCGAUGCCUACACUGGCAACGACUUCGGCCACUCCGAGAGCUCCGACGGUAACGUAGUGAAGGGGUCGUACCACGUCCUCCUCCCCGACGGCAGGAAGCAGGUCGUCACCUACACCGCUGACCACUACAACGGAUUCCAAGCCCAGGUCGCCUACGAGGGAACUGCCCACUACCCAGAAGUCGUGGGUCAUGCCCACGGUCACGGACACGGCGUCGCCCACGGACCCCCCAUCUAUGGAUAAAAUGGAUAUCUGGUGAAAUCAAGGAUUAAGGAUAAUUAACACAUGCAAACAUCAGUUAACUAACAUGAGCUUCUCUGUCCCAUAUCCUCGCGUAUAAUGCUAGGAUAAUUAUUAUAAGUAUUUAUAUAACAAGGGAAUAAAUGAGGUAGGAUAUACACAGAUAUAUACAUUCAUACAUAUAUGUAUAUAUGUAUGUAUGCAUGUAUAACAAGGGAAAAGUGGCAUAGGGUUGUAUAAAUUCACUUCUUGAGAGUGAGCUGAACUCGGCCAAAUUUGGUCUGCUACUAUUACUUGAACGCCUUUAAUAACAUAUACAAAGAUUACACGGAAAGGUUACUGCUCUGUGGAUUACAUGGAGAUUUGGAACUCCAUAGACAUUUUAAUCAAUUUUUUACGAAUUUCAUAAAAUACGAAGAUUCCGCAAAAAGUUAAGCAAAACUUUCAGGAUGAAUGUGAAACGAGUUUGAAUAUAAAUCCGAAUAAAACAUUCUCAGGCUGUUAUUCCGAAUCAAGAACAAGUACUUUAUAUAUUACAGGCAGCUUUAUACCAAAGAUUAAGCUUAAACAAUAAUAAUCUAAGAAAUACCUACAAACAAUUUUUAUCGGUGCAAACUAAGUUUUCAUAAACGGAGAUAAAUGCCUUUCUAAAUAAAGUUCAAAUUCACGAACGUUUAAAAUUCCAACGAAUGAAACUUAUGUCUGAAGAGGAGAUUCAACGAUAGGAUUUUAAUAACCUAAAAUCAUCGAACUUCCUUCAUACGUAUAUCAUAAAUUCAGCAAUUACUUUAAGAGUUCCAAAUGUAAACAAAGUCUAUUCCGUUAAAACAAACCCAGCAUCUUACAAUGCUUCUAAAUUUUAAUUUGCAAAUCCCAGUAGUUUUCUCCCGAAAUUUCAUUUACAAAAUUUCCAUUAACAAUUUCUGGAACAUAGUAAACGUACAAUGUCGACUUACACAUCAAAAACUCGUAUUGAUACGUUGCAUUCCCAAGUCAUCACUGGUCAGAAUAUGUUCCAAUUUCUUAAAAACAAAAAGGAAAACUACUUAGUUCAAAGCAAUGAAAAGUACUAUUGGUUUAUACAAAACGAAUUCCGGGCCUCCACGCAACAAAAUGGCAUGAAUUAGGAAUUCAAUAAAAAUGAUAUUUUGCAAAACCAGAAAAUCCGAAGUUAUUACCUUAAAUUACGAAAUAUACCGUUCAGGCAAUAUGGCCGACUUCAGCUCACUUCUUUCCUGCCUAUUCCUCUACCAAGAAUGUCUGAAGAAUCAUUGCUGUAAUAAUUUUCACAUUUGCUGCCAUCCUCAUUCUAUGAAGUGUCAUAACUGAACGUAUUUGAUAAUAUCUGAAAUUUCCUGAAACAUUUUUUUAAAAGUUUCCAUACAUCGUCAAUUGUCUGGCUUAUGAAUGGAUAGUCUAUAACUAUACUUCAUAAGCGGAUACAUGUAUGCUAUAUCAUCACAAGGAUCACGUGACUAAAUGUAUAUACUGCAAGGGCCCCAGAAGGAAAUAUUAAAAGGAAUGAGUAUACCUUCAUUCUCAUAAAUUCACGCCCUGAAGAUGUGUCUAAUAUGUACACGAAAGCGCUAGGUACUUGCGCCUUUUAAUAUUUCCUUCUGGCUCUUUCAAUAUAUAUCUAUAUAUACAUAUAUAUGUGUAUAUAUGUUAACAUAUUUGAUCAAAUGAUUCAAUGAAUUUCUCUCUCUCUCUCUCUCUCUCUCUCUCUCUCUCUCUCUCUCUCUCUCUCUCUCUCUCGCUUAAAUGCUGGUCAUGGCUGGCGCUUUGCUUUAAUUGCUUUAUUUCAUGGCUACUGCCUUCCUUAGUAAUGCUCUCUCUCUCUCUCUCUCUCUCUCUCUCUCUCUCUCUCUCUCUCUCUUUCUUUCCCCGUUUUCUGCCGUAUCUUCUUCUCCGGAGGAGUUCUGGCAAUUUUUGCAUUUUUUGCAUUCUCCCCAUUUAUCACUGUCCUUGUUUUGAUCUUCAGUUUCGUCUUUAUCUAUAUUUCCGAGUUUACUCAAUUUUCUCCGUGAUUCCAUCGCACAGGAUCGUUCUUAAGUUAUCCUUUUAUAAUUAUGAUCAAUAUUAUUUUUAUAUUUGAUUUUUCAUUAUAAUCAGUUUUUCAUAUUCAUCAUUUUAUUCUCAUUAUCAUUAUUAUGACAUAGUUUUGUCCCCUUACAACAAUAAGGAACUGAGCAUCAAAUUUCAAUGGAAUGUGCGACGGGUUCUUCAAUGUUCUAAAAAAAUUAUUUCCUUAGCCAUCAAAUUCUAUUCAUUCUUUCAUUUUUCUUUCCAAAAUAUACCAUAUCAACUUUUAUCUUUUGAUAGUCUUAAAAGUCUUCUCUGUAUCAUAACUCAUUUAGUCUUGAUAGACUUAAUCACAAAAGCUUAUGUUACAGAUGGUAAAGCUAGAUCUAUCACCCUCCAUUUACAUAUUCUCUCUCUCUCUCUCUCUCUCUCUCUCUCUCUCUCUCUCUCUCUCUCUCUCUCUCUUUACACAAGCAAGCAUCUUUAUAUCCAACUAAAUCUAACCUAAAGGUACCAGGAAAUUCUCACGCUAAAUUGUUAAAGAUAAAAUUAAGUUAAUUUCCAUAAGGAUAUUGAAUUCUACCCAUGCAAGUCUUUAUUAAAAAUCAUAUAUAUUCCAAAUUAAUUUCUUGAGGUCAAUUCAAGGAUAUUUUUUUUUGCAAUGAUUCCAUUUUUUCAUUUAAGUUCGUCAUGUGAAUUAAGGAUUUUUUUUUUACUUUAUUCUCUAUCAGGACGAAAAAAAAUCUCAUUUACGAUCAGUUAAAUCUCUCUCUCUCUCUCUCUCUCUCUCUCUCUCUCUCUCUCUCUCUCUCUCUCUCUCUCUCUCUCCCGUAAUGUGUAGAGCACCUUGUUCGAUUAAAUGGUUCCAUUAGCACUGUACACAGCGAGAAGCAAAGCAGAGAUGAUGAUGAUAAUUUAUUGUGUUCUUGUAACGAUGUUGUAAAUACCGAACGUCAAACCAAAAUAAAUUUGUGAAUAUUUA